AAGAAGAAGAAGAAGAAGAAGAAAAAACAUGGGAGUCUUAACUUAUUGCUUAGCAGGAGAGGCCUUCGUGCUAAUCGGCGCCUGGGAGGCGUUUGUCUCAGUCUAUGCGCACCUCAACUCAUCUGCUUCUUCCCUCUCUUCUCCUCCUGAUCGAAGCUAUUCAACCACAACGACAACAAAAACGACUAGUAGAAAAAUCAAGAAAUCUCUCUCCUUUAGCUUCAUAGCUGGUGCCGCUUUCUCGUUUGUCUUCAUCCUCAACUCUCUGGUCUCCUUAUUAAACGCCAUUCGCAGAAACGAUAGAGUGGGUUUAGCUAUCCAAUUAGAGAUUGCAGCUAUCGCAUCCCUUUUCCUACUCUAUUCGGUCGUUGGGUUCUUCGUCGACUACACAGACUCCAUAUCGUUACCUUCAUCGCUCCUCAGUUUGAUUUCUCUCUUUGCGUUCGGUCAAGAAUUUCUCCACUUUUACCUUCAGAGGAAAGACCCAUCUGGAAUCGAGAAUCGUUACUUCGAUCUGUUGCUCCUUCCCAUUGGAGUUUGCUUUCUCUCCAGCAUUCUCGAAUUGGCUUGGCCGAAGUCUGUUCUCCCCAGCUUGGUUCGUGGAGUUGCUUUGGUUCUGCAGGGCACAUGGUUUUUCCAGAUGGGUUUCUCUUUCUUUACCGAUUUCAUGGUGCAUGGCUGUGCGUUGCAUGAAAGAAGUCGAGCUAAUUACACUGUGAAAUGCAAAGGGCACCCUGAGUAUCACAGGGGAAGAGCGAUUGCUACUCUUCAGUUCAAUUGCCAUCUUGCGUUUCUCGUGAUUUUGGUUGUGGUUUUGUACUCAUUUCUUGCUGGGAAAUAUGGAAUUCGUGGUGAUUACACGGCCUAUAAGCCUAUCAAUGUAGAAUUGCAGAAGAUGUAUCAUCACCCUCGGUUCACUUUGUAUUCUGAUUGUGAUGAAGAUGACGAAAUUAAAGAAGAACAGAAAGCAGAGAAGCAGGAGUCUCUUGUUAUUUUGGGUUAG